AUGGCGGAGAAAUCUCAUAUUUCUCCGCCAUUCCCACGAAAGCUUACGAUUAGAAAAAUAGCAGAGAGUAGCAUUGCAAAUCCACCAUUAUCGAAAGGCAGAAUUGAAGAGUUGUUUGAAGAAGGAGAAAAUGAAAUUGUUGAAGCAUGCUCUAGGGCCGAAGCGUCGGCCCCGGAGGGUACUAAUAUUUUGAAAAUAAGGCAUCAUCAUUCUGCUGAUAAGUCUAUUGCUGGUGGAGAGGUCAUUAUUGGUGGACUUGUUACUGCUAUUUUUGCUGCGGUUUAUUGUUAUAUUCGAAUAACUAGAAAGAAAGAUAAUUUGUAA